AUGGCAGCUCUCCAGACGGAUCGCAAGCCUACCGAGGACGAGAUGGAGCUGUCACAGCUCAUAUGGAGUGCUUCAGAGUCGGAAUGUAUCUGGCCAGAGCUAUGCUCGAGGCCCGUCCGAGGUUUUUUUGACUUUCUCAGCCCACCGUUGUUCGAGCAGACAGUCGGCGGCUACUUUGCGGAUACCGUGAGGAAACAUGGAGAUAGAACUGCGGUUAUUUCGAGACACCAGGGCCAGAGGGUGACAUAUGCAGAAUUGGAUCAAAGGAGCAACUCCCUGGCUCGUGGAUUGGCAUCUACAGGCGUCAGGAAGGGCGAUAGAGUGGCCGUGUCCCUGGGGAACGGGCUGGAAUAUGCGAUUACGACGUAUGCUCUGUUCAAACUAGGAGCAGUUCUGGUUCCUCUUAAUCCAUCGUUCAACUUCAACCAGGUGGCCUCCGCCCUCAGCCAUCUAGAAGCUUCUCACUUGAUCAUAAGUACGGAAGUCAACCUACCUCGAAGGGACCCUCAGUCGAACAUUCCCUUGCUGCAAGAGAUUAUUCCCAAUCUCCAGUCCGCCAAGCUCGAGUCUACCAUCGGAUCCCUCAAACAGGUCGUCCUAGUCCAGAACGACGGCGGCCGAAUUGAUACAUCUGCUCUAAAAUGCAUCACACCGUAUACGUCAAUAUAUUCCGAGCUCCCCCAGGAUAUGAAGGCUUUGCCUGACCAGGGCCUUUCUCCAAACGACGUUGUGAAUAUUCAGUUCACGUCCGGGACAACAUCUAUGCCCAAGGCAGCAUGUCUAAGCCAUCGAUCAAUAUUGAACAAUGGGGUGCAGAUAGGCGAUAGAAUGCUGCUCACGCCCCAGGAUAUCGUAUGCUGUCCUCCACCGCUCUUCCACUGCUUCGGAUGUAUACUUGGGUAUAUGGCAACAGCCACUCACGGAUCAGCCAUCGUCUUCCCUGCCGAAUCCUUCAACGCAAUAGCAACCUUGAAGGCCGUACAGGAAGAGAAGUGCACGGCACUCUAUGGCGUCCCGACGAUGUUCAUCGAGGAGCUCGACCUCAUUGCAGACGGCGUCGUACCGUAUGAAGGAUUCCAGUAUUUGCGCACUGGCAUUGCCGCCGGCAGCAGCGUGCCAUCCGAACUGAUGAAGAAGCUACACAAGACGCUCAAUCUAACCGAGCUGACGAUAUGUUACGGUAUGACGGAGACGAGCCCCGUCUCGACGAUGACUGCAACGGACGACCCGAUUGAGAAACGGCUGAACACUGUAGGUAAGUUACUUCCACAUGUCGAAGCCAAAGUGGUCGACCCUCUAGAUUACAGCCAAAUACUCCCUCUGGGCGAGCAAGGGGAGCUGGCUGUCAGCGGAUAUCAUGUCAUGAAGGAAUACUGGGAUGCACCCGAGAAGACUGCCGCGGUGAUGGUGCCAGACUCAGAGGGAAAAGUUUGGAUGCAUACCGGUGACGAAGCUUCAAUGUCCGUCGACGGAUACAUCACCAUCACCGGGCGUAUCAAGGACUUGAUCAUCCGUGGGGGUGAAAACAUCCACCCUCUGGAGGUUGAAAAUUGCCUUCUUGCUCACCCCGGCGUGUCCAACGUAUCCGUCGUAGGGGUCCCCGACGAGCGCUACGGAGAAGCCGUUGCCGCGUUCGUGGUCGCACACGCAGAAGGAGAGGAGGGCAGGGUGACAACUGAAGAGAUCAAGAGCUGGGUCCGCACAAAGCUGAGCCAUCAUCUAGGUAAGUCGAGCGUCGCAGAGUCGAGCUAUCCCAUCUGCACCUGCACCACCCAUCGUUAUCCCCAUCCCGAUCCCGGACAUCUUCCUUGA